AUGGGGGGAUUUUGGAAUACUGCGAAAGUUAACUACAGUGAGGAAACUAGAAAAUUAGUAAAUGAUCUGAUAAAAGAUUCAAGGAUAGCAAAUUUUUACCGUCAGUCAAUAAAUACCUCAAUUAAAAAUGGCGAAAGUUUGGCAACCAAUUUCAAAAAACCAUCUGAUAUCGAUAAGAAAUCGUCAGGAAAAAACAGGAAACAAAUAAACAGGAAUAAAAAGCCACAACGAAGAACAAAAGCGAUGAUAGAGCUCAGUGGUGCCUACGAUCCAAUAUCAUAUCAACCGCCUCCUAUUACAGCAAAUACUGGAGCCGCUGAGAAGCUACGUUUAGCACAUAUAAUGACAUAUGGUGAGGAGCCUACAAAGAAUUCAUUAAGAAAUGAUCAAAUCAAAGAUGGAAGACUGGAAUAUUUAAGUCGUCGUAUAUUGAAUGAUCCCAAGAUUAAUGGUGAUGAUGAUUAUGAUGAUAAGCAAAUUGCAACUAAUAAGGAUAGAUUUGAAGAAUUAAAAGAUGAGAUUAAUGAAAGACGUGAAUUUUUGACACAAAUGAAAAAUCUUGGACGACUUAAAGAAUAUCAGACUACAGUUGAAACACAAAUAUCUCAACUGAUACGUGAAAUGGAACAAAUUGAUAUGAAACGAACCAAACAAAUGAAUCAAGAUCAUUUGAACAAUUAA